CGACUUUUCCAGGUGGUGAAAUGAAACCGGUGGUGUGUUCUUUACCAUCUGCUUGUGCCAAAGCAGCUUCUGUGAAGCCAGAGCAGGGUAUUGUGACAGUUGAGGAGGUGUCUGUUGAUUUCACUGAGGAGGAGUGGGCUCUGCUGGAUCCGGACCAAAGAAUCCUUCACAACGAAGUCAUGGAGGAGAAUCGUCGGAAUGUGGCCUCUCUGGAGGUUGAUGGUCCCCAGAAUACGUCCAAGGGAGAACUACAGCAGUUUCUGUUGGGGGAAAAACAGCAGAGAAGAAACGAUGGAACAGAAUGGGAAAGUGAAAAUGAAUCCUCUUCUUCUCAGGGUGCUGAAUCCCAGGUCUUUGAUAAACAGCAGGAAAUCCACACAGGGGAGAAAACAUAUAAAUGCUUGGAUUGUGGAAAGAGCCUUACCCGGAGUGUCAACUUUACUGCCCAUCAACGUAUCCACACUGGAGAGAAACCAUAUAAGUGUUUUGAGUGUGGAAAGAGCUUUUGUCGGAAUGACAACCUUAUUGUCCAUAGACGUAUCCACUCAGGCGAGAAACCAUAUAAAUGCUUGGACUGUGGAAAGAGCUUUCCUCAGAAUGCCAGCCUUAUUGCCCAUCAACGAAUCCACACAGGUGAGAGACCAUAUAAAUGCUCGGAGUGUGGAAUGAGCUUUGCUUGGAACACCCAACUUACUACGCAUCGGCUUAUGCACACUGGGGAAAACCCAUAUAAAUGCUUGGACUGUGGAAAGAGCUUUGCUCGAAGCAACACGCUUAUUCGUCAUCGACGAAUCCACACAGGGGAGAAACCAUAUCAGUGCUUGGAGUGUGGGAAGCGCUUUGCUGUGAAGGGAGAAGUUACUUCCCAUCAACGUAUCCACACCCGGGAAAAACCAUAUAAAUGCCUGGAGUGUGGGAAGAGCUUUGCUCGAAAGGGAGAUCUUACUGGCCAUAAACGUAUACACUCAGGGGAAAAACCGUAUCAAUGCUUGCAGUGUGGAAAGAGCUUUGCUCGGAAGGGAGACCUUACUGGCCAUCAACGUAUCCACACAGGGGAGAAACCAUAUCAAUGCUUGGAAUGUGGAAAGAGCUUUGCUUGGAAGGGAGAACUUACUGGCCAUCAACGAAUUCACUCAGGGGAGAAACCAUAUCAGUGCUUGGAGUGUGGAAAGAGCUUUGCUCGGAGGUACACGCUUACUGCUCAUCGUCGAGUCCACACAGGGGAAAAACCAUAUACAUGCUUGGAGUGUGGAAAGAGCUUUGCUUGGAAGGGAGACCUUACUAGCCAUCAGCGAAUCCACAUUGUGGAGAAACCAUGUACAUGCUUGGAGUAUGGAAGCAGCUUUGCUUGGAAGGGAGACCUUACUGCUCAUCAGUGUACACAUCACUAGGGAGAAACCAUAUAAAUGCUUGGAGUGUGGCAAGAACCCUGCUUUGAAUGGAAACCCUGCUGCUCAUCAAAGGAUCCACACUGGAGAAAAACUAUAUAAAUGCUGCCAGUGUGGAAAGAGCUUUGGUUGAAGCAACAAUCUUACUGCUUAUCGAUGUAUACACACUGGGGAGGAACCAUGUAAAUGUUUGGAGUGUGGAAAACGUUUGUUCAGAAGAAACAUCUUAUGAAACAUCAAUGAACCUAUACAGUAGCAACAGUGUAAAUGAUUGAAGUGUGGAAAGAGCUUUGAGCAGUUGCACGCUUAGGACUCAUCGACAAAUCCACAUGGGAGAAAUCAUAUGAAUGCUUUGUUCGUUUGAAGUGCUUUGCUCUGAAUUCAACCCUUAAUUUCCAUUAUAGAGCCCAGAAAGCGGCAAAAU